AUGAGCUCAAGUAGCAAAUUUCUUCUCAAUAACGAAGACAUGAGAUUACACGCACAAAACAAUGUUACGUCUCUUAACCCCAACGCGGCAGAGUUUGUUCCUUAUGUCCAUAGAUCACCUUCUGGAAGUGACAGGAAUAUAGAUAUGACGAGGCUCAAUUCACCAAGAACAUCUGGGAAGACGGUCUUAGAUAGACCAGCAUUCAAUAUUUCAGAUAACUAUGAUGAUGAAGCUCGUCAAUACUGGGAUCAUCAACUACCUGAUGAUAUUACCCCUGAUUUCAAAGUCAUGGUGGAUGAGGGUUCGCAAUCAGCCGCUGCCCUCUCACUUUCCAAGUUAUCAUUAAAUGAUGGGAUGAAAAUGUCGAGGACAGCAGGCGGCCAGUUUUUGGGUAAGCAGCAAGAAGUCUCACUUAAGGGCAGUACGAACAUCGCUUUGGGUAGAACAAUGGGUUAUUCUAGUCCUAUGUAUGCAGAAAAUUUCUCAACUACUCUCAUGGAUCUAGCUACAAAUCCCUGGGACAAGCAUUUUAUGAGAGGUGAUCGACACGUUGGCAAUUAUAGAGAGAGGGAACAUGCUAUCGGUGAUUCAAGUGCUUCUUUUCUUGGUGAUUUAUUAACUAAGAAGGAAGCAGUCAAGGCUAUGGAAUUCUUGGCAUCGCGGUUCCCUGGUUUUGCCGUAGAGAAGCUUAUGGAGGCGUACCUUGCAAAUGGAUGCGACUUGAACUCAACAACUGAGAAGCUCACUAGACUUGAGGUAUGCAUCAUGUGCCAUUGAAUUAUAAUUUUCUUACUUUGCUGUGAAAUCCAGUUCUGAUAAAGAAAAUGUGAGAUCAGUUGUGCGGGAGAGAAAUGAUGAAUUUUAUUUAAAAAACUAACUUUGGCGAAACAAAGAAACGGCUUCUAUCAUGCAAAGUCGUUAUUCCACAUCAUUUGAUUUCUCUUAACAAAAUGUGCCUUUUCAAUUGUAAUUUCUUAAUCGGGUUGGACCCGUUUCACUCCAUAGUUUAAUGCUCAGGUUGCAAUGUUGCAAUGCAAAGAUUUAUACUCUGCUAGAUGGUUCCUCACCGGCGUGGGAUAAUUUUUUAAUCUGUGGUCUGCAGCUUCAAGUCAAUGGAUUCAACAUGAAUAGGAAGUCUAGGUCCUUUGUUGCCCCAAACCUCGGUGGACUGGAAUUCCCUGUCCGCUCGCUCACAGAAUCUCCAAAUGGAUUCCCAGACUACGGCAGUGAAGAUUCUCAGAGAGCCCCAAUCUCGUAUCAGUCUAUUGGCGAGGAACUCCUCCCUUUCUCUAACUCCCCCAUGAAUGGCGAGUCGAGGCUGUACAGCUUUGCCUCAGCCGCCGGAAGGCUUGCCCUUGAAGAUCCCGGGCGCUGGAAAUAUGAGAGGAAUGGUUCAAAGAGGACUUCCCAGUCUUUAUCAGGUUUUCCAGACAAGCUACCUGGUCUCGAAACAGCUUACUCUGCUCGUUUCUGGCGGGGAACCGGAGACACGAUGGGUAACAUCUUCAUCUGCAUUCCUUGAGAUUUUUCUGCUGUUCAUAGCACAUUGCAUCGGUUUCUCAUCCUGAAUUAUAUAAUUUUCGCUUGCGUCGACGCGUUGAGCGAGCAGCACGAGUGUGCUCGGAGAUGAGAGGGGAAGCAGGAACGCUAGCACGCCUUCAGAACGCUUGCCCGGAACAGGUAAAGACGCUGGCGAUCUACGCCGAUUCAUGUACCAUGGAGUGUUCGAAGGCCCCUCCUGGUUUCACCCAAGUUCCCAAGCAUAUUUCCCAAGCUCAAAUCCCCCUUCCAAGGAGUAGAUUUGAGCGUGGUGAUGGUUUUGUCCUGGACAGUCGUCGACGCAGGCCUACGCCGCUGGGAGCGAGGAGGGUCCCUCCAGAGAAGUCACCUUGAGGACGAUGAAAGAAGCCCAGGAAAGAGCCAGGGAAUGCGUCCUUCAACAGAGGUGGUCGCCCCCUUCUCCUCCGGUCUUCUUCUUUACGAACGAACUAACUAAAAAAAAAAAAAAAAAAAAACUGGUUUUCUUUUGUUGGGUCUUCCGUCUUCUCCGCAGGGACCUGGCGGACCACCUGAUCCCCUUGGAGGGGCUGCGCGUGGAGGAAGCCAUCCGCGCCCUGAGGCACGAGCUGGGAGUUCUCCGGUGGAGGGCGAGGCUAGCCCGGCGGCGCCUCCAGGUGGUGGUCACCGGGGGGGUCGCCGCCGCCGCCGCCGUCCGGCAGGUCCUGCUCGACGAGGGCCUCCGCUUCUCCGAGGAUCUCCCGGGGCUUCUCCGAGUCCUGGUGGAAUGA